AGCCCUCUCUCUCUCUCUCUCCCGGCGCUGGUGUCAUGGCGGCGGUGAAGGGAAGCGCUGACCUGGUCUCCGAGUUCCUGCAGCAGAAUCGGCAGCUGGCGGACUGGGUGGAGACGGUGAAGGGGCACCAUGAGCCCGAGAAUCACUGGAGGGCCCGCCGUGAAUUCAUUCUGCACAACCUGAAGCCGGAGCAGAGGGCGAGCGGGAGGGAGCCGGAGCCGGGGCUCGGCACAGACCAACUGCUGGCUCUGUCCAUGGUCUGGGCCAACCACGUCUUCAUGGGCUGUCGGUAUUCAAAGGCAGUGAUGGAUAAAGUGUUGGAGAUGGGAGAAGGCAUCAAAGUUACAGAUGCAGCAGUCCGCACCAGAAGGGAUGAUUUGAUUGCCAAUAAGCUGAAGAAAAGCGAGCUUUCAAACAGCAAUGCUAAUGAAAAGAUAAAAGAACAACUUCCUACGCCAAAAAUGGCGGAUGAGAAAGAUACUUGCAUGGAAAUUGAUACAACACCUGAAUGCACUGGUAACGGCAGCCAAGACAUUGACGACACCAGGAUCCCAGGCCUGGAUGGCUUUCCUGCUAGUGGACCAUCAACUCCUGUAUCUGAACCUCCGGUUGAAGCUCCAGUCUGUAUGGCACCAUCCACCAGUUUGAAUCAAAAGGAGGUCCGACAAGUCUCAAAAGAGACUGGAGUGAAGAAAGUUAGUGCUCCUACACAGGUUCCUGUGAACCAACAGAAGACACUGCUGCAUCAGCCUGACACUCCAGCGCAAACCAAGAAUUUCUCAUCUAAUUCUGCAGAAGUUAAGUCCAAUAUUCAGCCAGACAUUGUUGAUCGCCCUGCCUCAAUGGGCAAUUCCCAAAAGGCUGUACAGCCUCCUGUUUCGGAAAGCUGCAAGACCCCCAUAACAGUGGUCAGUUUAACCCCUGAAGCUAUAAAAGAGAAGCAGACAUUUUACAACAAACUCUACAAAGCUAUAGCUUGGAAGUUGGUGUCGGCUGGUGGUUUCAGCAAUGAGCUUAACCAUUUGAACAUUUUAACUAACUGCAUACAGUCAGUAAAGGGGACUCUUGAAAGUGUGUGUGUUCCCCUGAAAGAUAUUUCUGAAUUGCAUUUACCACAAAGUUCUGCACGUGAAGGGAUUGUUUGUGAACUAAGGUGCAAGGCUGUCUAUUUGGCAACAGGAUAUGGAAAAUGUAAAGUGAGUGCCAAAGACAUGGCGGCAAAAGAGGCAAUGAAAUUGUUCUUGAAGCAUAGAGUUACGGUGAAGAUAUGUAAAAGAAAAUUCAAAGGAAGUGAAAUUGAGGAUUUAGUACUUUUGAGUGAAGAGUCAUAUCGGUUAAACCUAGCUCCUGCAUUAGUCAAUCCCUCAGAACCUAGUACAAGGUAAAAAACAGAAGCAUUUUGUAAAUAUUUCUAAUGAAGUAAUUGGAAAAGUGCUUUGUGUGUGUGUGUAUAUAUUUAGAAAAACACAACAGAAUUCUUGUAUUACUUGAUUGUAAAAGGCACAUAUUGCAGUUGUAGUUAGUUGUUUAUUUUGUUUGAGAGAAAAACUGAAAACUGCAGUGCCUUACAGUUUCUAAAAUUGAAAGAAAUAUUAUGGUCAAAAGUUUUUUUUCUGGGCUAUUGGUGCAAAUCUAAUAUGAAUAAGUACUAUUGAUCUUGAAGUCUCCUUCAAGUUUGUUCUUGUGACUACUUGAAUUAUUUUAAAGGAAAAAGAAUGUGUCUUGCUUUUUUUUUGUAAAGUGUGUAACAGAGCCUCUUUGAUACUCCAUCAUUGUGUCCAGGUACUGAUUGAAGUGCCCUCUUAUUCCAUCCCAGCAAUAUGACUUAAUUUCAAAAGAACACUGUCUACCUACCCCUUAAGGAUAACCUCCACAAUAUGUAUUUAUAAAUUAUCAGAUAAAAGCAAAAUUCUGCAGAUGCUAGAAAAUGGUUGAAUUAAUUUGUUAGCUAUCAAUUGAUUCAAAAGUGCUAGAAGUGUAGGUUUAUGGAUUUGGUCCCUAAAAUCUAGGUAAAAGCACUGAAACUGAAUAAAAAAAUAGGAUGGUCAUUUAACCAGGAAGAGAAAAGAUUCAGGCAUCUGACCAGUCUUUUGGCAGCCUAGCAAGUUAGCACACCUUUGGUCAGAGAACCAUGAAUACUUCAAACUAAAUAAAAGUCAGAAAUAAAGCACACUACUUAUUUCAGGGUGAAGAUUAUGAACACACCAUAGUGCUGCUUUUAUUGACUUAAAUUUAACUACUCGACUGAUGUUUCAAAUUAGGUGGACCAUCAAGUGAAUUUUGUUUGCAAAUCAGCCAAUUUUAUUUUGAUUGAAGAAAUAUCAUUCCUAACCCUAAACUGAUGUGGCGGUCCAGUGAAAGCAAUGAUCCAACUGACAUAAAUUCUGAAUUUGAUUUAAAAUUACAUAUUCUGUUCUAAAGUUUGCUUUAAAUGAAUUUUAUACAACCUAAUGCAAGAUACAUCAUUGCCUGUUCUUGGCUUCUCACUUUUCACUCGAGACAGAAAUGUUCACCCUUUUAAUAUUUUAUUUUCUAUUGCUUGUAAACAUUAUUAUAAUCUGUCAUUUUCCCAUUAAAGAAACAUAAUAGCACCAUCAAGAGUCCAAAUGAUUAUGUAGAAUUAGUUUUAAGAUUUUUUUUUACUUGUGUGAAAUUUUAAUUUUUUUUUAAUAUAUAGUUUCUGCUUCUAGUUUGUUAAUUUAAUGUGUCAGCCAAUAUUUCCAUGUCUUACCCACACAUUUAGUCAAGGUAAACAUUUGAUACCAUUGCAAUUUUAAAUAAAACCAAUUCGGAACUUACAAAUUGAAACACUUAGAUAUUGAAUUAAUACGACUACUGUGUUAGAUUGCAAAUGCUUUCUUAUUAACAGAAUCACCAGAGCAAACUAUAGACUUUGUAAAUAAUCCUAGUCAGUGAAUGUUGUUGCAUCAUAAGGAAUAACUGCUAAACCUUGUAUCAACAGCUGAGUUUAAAUGAUGGGAACUGAAAGGCAGAUGUGUACAAGUUAUGGAAUGGAUGUAGCAUUGAAAUUGAACCCAAAAUAGUUAGUGUCUUAAUUUCUUGAAAAAAUUAUAUUAUUAAUGUAAACCCCAAAUACCCAGAUAUUAAUUUAUCCCCAUCCCAGUUUAUAUUAUUAAUACAAACCCCAAAUACCCAGAUAUUAAUUUACCCCCCAAUACCUUUUCAAUACCUGACAAAACCUGUGUAAUGUGAAGUAUAAUUGUAAGAUUCUCAAUGGACUCUAUGAUCAAAAUAUAUUUUAAUUCUGUUUUAAUUGAUACUGUACAUGCCUUGAUGAGCAGGCUAUUAACAAGCUAGGCAGUGGAGGGAAGAGACCAAAGAUUUUCACUGUUGCAUUAUUUUGUGCUUUCGUUUGAAUGCAAGGUUUUGGCUUUAACCCCUCUAGGUCAUAGCCUACAUUCAUCAGAUGAUUUUGGUUAAUUGGAAUGGAUUAGGGAAGUUUUAGUGUGUUGUCUCUCUCUUUUCACUGUUGAAAACAGAAGUGAAGUGAUAGAUUUUUUUAAUUAUUUGUGACGAAUUGUGUAGGAAGAGUAUUUUUAAUGACAUACCAUCAGGGUGAUCAACUGGCAUUUAGAAGCUCAGUUGAUUGGAAGGUUGUUUUUCAAUUCAGAGUCACACCAUCAAUGUGAGUUCAGUUCCCUUUCUGGCUGAGGUUACCAUCAAGGACUCUUCCCCCUCUUAAUCUUUCCUCUCGCCUGGUAACCUUCCAGUUAAAACUCUCUCUAACAAGAGAAUAGCCCUGUGCUCUGGAAGGAUGAUGGUAACUUUAUCUCUCAAAGUCUUUCUAAAAUGUGAUGUCAACAAUGAAGAAACUACUGCUCCUGAGACUUAACUAGUGACUUAUAUAAAAGUUUAAUAUAACCAUUCUGGUUUUAAACGUUUUGAAUCCUGUGUAGUGAAAGAUAAUAUAAAGGUAAGGAUUCCAUAAUGUACAAAUGUUAAAGUAAAUAAGUCCUUUAUUAAAGAUUAACUUAGAAUCAAGGAUUAGCAGACACAUUACUGAUUUUGGGAGAAAUUAGACACACAACUAAAGUAAUUCACAGAAUUGUUACGGUGUAGAAGGAGGGUAUUCAGCCCUGUAUGCCUGCACUGCCAGUCAGAAUGAGCAUGUCUCUUAGUGACAUUCCCCAGCUGUCUUGUCAUAACUCUGUACAUUCUUUCUAUUCAAAUAGCAAUCUAUUUCCCUUCUGAAUGUGUCAACUGAACCUGCCUGUACUAUACUGUCCAGCAGUUCAUUCUAACUCUCACUUCAUCCUUCUCUUUUCCAAUGAGAACAAUACUAAUUUCUCAAAUCUAACUUCACUAGUGAAGCUCCUAAUACUGGAACCAAAUUCGAGAAUAGUUUUGCAAUUUCUCUGAUACAUUCACAUCCUUCCUAAAGUGUGGCACUAAGAAUUGGACACACUUAAACUUUUCUUGGGAGAAUGUUUUUGAAUUCAGGUUAUAAAUGUAAUGGAAAAUGGGUUUGCAUCAUAGACAUUGAGAGACAUCACCCCCCCCCCCCCCCACCACCCAUUUUUACAAUAUUUACAACACAAAGGGCAUUCUUCUCAAUAUGUUCAUGUCUUUGUUUAUGCUUUGUUUAUCCUUCUAUCAUCUUACUUUAAUAAUAUGGAGACCAGAACUGUUCACAGUAUUUCAGCAGUGUUAUAAUCAUGGUCUUUGCAGAUUGAACACAAGUUGCCUGAUUUUCAGUUCCACCCUUCUAGAAAUGAAUCCAGUGUUUUGUGUAUGUUUUUCUUUGUUAACCUGUGUUACUAGUUUCUGAUUGUCUGCCUAUUUCACUCAACCCCCUGCACCCAAUCCAUCUGCUCCCAUCUUCUGUCCUCUUAACACUUGCGUUCCAAGAAUAUGAGGCCUCAUUCUUCACACACAAAUGUACGACCUCAUAAGAUGUUGAAUUGCAUUUGGCAGUGACACACAAAAAUCAAAGUUUAUUAAUGACCUCCUCUAUAUUGUCCUCGUCUUCCUCUAUGUUAGACCUUCCUAAAAUGGUGCGCCAAACCCCUAAUUUUGUAAUUGUAUUUUUGAUUCUCAAGUUUAGUUUAAAUUGUGUGUCAUGAUUUAGAGUUGCCGUUGUUGGACAGGGGUGUACAAAAUUAAAUAUCACACAACACCAGGUUAUAGACAAACAGGUUCAUUAGGAAGCACUAGGUUUUGGAGCGCUGCUCCUUUA